AGUCCGCAUCAUCUCUUUGUUCUCCUUCCCUCGCCGCUCGACAAAUCGCCGCAGCCGCUCUCCUCCUCCGGAUUCCGUGGCCGGCGGCGCCUAACCGCACACCUCCACCUCCUUCCCGCCGCCGCCGCCGCAAUCCCUUGAAUUUGCGGACCUCGGGCUCUCGCGCCCAUCCGCGCCCGGAGUUCGAUGUCCGUUCGCGCCCGAUGGAUCCGCACCGCCUGACCGGCCCCGCCGCAUCCGACGCCGACGAUGCCGACGACUGGGAUAAUGAUGACUUUGUGAUCCCAAGUUUGAGUGUUGAAGAAUCCGAUCUUGGUGACUGGGAGGCUUCACGGGCUUCUGAUCCUCAACCACCUCCAAAGUCCACCAAGGAUACAGAGAACAUAUAUCUUGGACCACACGGUGCACCGCCAUCUCGUGGGAAGAAGCCAGAGGACACUUCGGCUACAACCGGGUACCGCGACAAGAACAGCAAGGCGAGGGAAGCUGAUCAGAAGGCAUUUGGAAGUGGCCGUAACGGCAGAGGAGGAGGAAACGCUGGGGACUUCCACCGCCACAAUGGCGCCAACCAUGCCAAGGACCCCUUCAAGAGAGCCGCUUGACCUCGUGCCCCGUUCCUAGUGAUACCUAUCUCCUGCUAGCAGUUUGGCUGAGUGAAAGCCUGGUGAUUUAUCAGUGUACUGGAAAAAUUCUUUGCCCUAUUAUCUUGGAGCUGCAGGUAUGUACUAUCUGUACGCUGCUCCGGAACAGUGUGUUUGCUUUGAAUGGAAACUUUGUGUUCCUUUGCCAGCAUU